GGAGUAGUGCUGCACGUUUUUUGAAACAUUUUAUGGGAGGAAGUUUAUGAAGAAGGUACUCAGUGUGAAAUUAGAAACUAGACUUUACGUAAGAACACAAAGCACCGAAGCAAAUCAUCACCGCUGUAAGGGAACCAAAUAAAACUAGAUUGUAUCACACAGAUAGUCAUUUUGACGUAGUGCUGAGAGCAAUAUCACUUGUGUGGAAACUCGUCCGAGUGACAGUGUUAUUACAUAAAGGAUAGAUGUAAAGCGUCACAUCCGUGGAGAAACGAGGCCAUUUGCGGAGGUCGAGUCAAUGAAGUCACGGAUUUAGUUCAGCGAGGGUCAUUCAGUAAGUGUGUCUCGAAAAGAAGAGAAAAACUGCGUUCUGGUUUCGUUUUAAACGACGAGAACAAAAGAACAAAAUACCACGAAAUCCAUCAGACGACGAAGAAAAAUCACUUAUUUACCAGCACCGAAGGAACGAGCCAGUGCCGCGACUGUUUUGAUACAGAAGAAGGAGAACCGUGUAGUAGAACACAAAGUGAUUCACGACGUCAGCUGUCUGGCUACCGUACCUUUCAUGGUGGCGUGUGUAUUAUAUUGCGGCGGUCGGUACUCGAAGAUUAUUGACCUCCACGGAUACCAGUGCAUGUUGUAAAACGCGGAAAAACUCGGCUGUAUAGCUUGGCUAGGCGUGCUGCGGGUAAAACCACCUAUCAAUUAGCCGUGAUAUCAAUCCAUCAGUGGUACUCUGCUCAACGACAGAGAUCCGGAUUGAUUUACAACCCUAAUAACACCGGUCAUCAGCCUCAACAGCCGAUAGCCUUCACAUGUGUUGCCAUAUAGGCAGCGUCAGUAGAUAGGCCCCAGGACACCUCUUCCACCGGGGUGUGACUAACUUGUUAACGCCGAAAGUAAAGCACGCAUACUACUUAUGGUUGACUGCGUGACGCCGGCACGGAGACGGACUUCGGACGACGUGGACGACGACGACGCCGACUACGGGUGGCUUUGGCCUUCACCGGUCGCACCAACAUCAACCGGGGUGGCGCGAAAUUGAUUCUAUGAGGAACGACGACGGCGACGACGAAGCUUCAUCAAAUUCGACGGUUGAUUGACAACGGAACGGCCCACGCAACAGCCACUACAACGACGCAUCAACCAUGGGUGAGGAAAGCAUCGAGUGCAACGAGGGCAAGCUGAUCACCAAAAACGGUGGAUACAGUCCAGUCAAACAGCUGGAAAAUGGCGAUCUGGUUAGGAACGAUAGCCAGAAAAAGAUAGUCCAAUUUGACAAGGCGACGAAUGACAGUAAUCAGACCAACACCCGUACCUCCAACCACGAGAAGGGCGAUGAGAAACGAAUGGUACCAAUGCACAAUGGAGUGGCACCCGCCGGCGGAGAUCACUCCGACACAAGGAUCGACGAGGAUCCCGACGACUAUGAGAUGGUUCCACCCGAUGGUGGUUGGGGCUGGCUCGUAUUGGCUGGCUCAAUGCUAGUUAACAUUCUUGUACCUGGCACAAUCAAGAGUUUUGGCGUACUAUUUGUGGAAUUCCUGGAAGCAUUCCAAGCAUCACCCUCGACCGCAGCAUGGAUUCCGGCAUUGUGUUACUUUUUGUACAGCUCCCUGGGACCGCUAUCCAGCAUACUGUCGGUCAAGUACAGCUACCGGACGGUCACGAUUAUAGGUGGAACUUUCGCAGCGUUUGGAAUGUUCAUUACGUAUUGGGCGACUUCUGUUAGCUUUCUGUAUAUAAGUUACGGAGUACUGGUGGGGGCUGGAGCUGGACUCUCAUUUCCUCCAACGGUCUACAUCGUUACGUCGUACUUCGUGAAGCUGAGAGGACUGGCGAAUGGAUUAUGUAUUUCUGGCAGUGCGUUAGGUUCAAUCAUUCUACCACCAGUGCUGAGAUACUUGUUGGUGAACUAUGGUUAUAGAGGGGCUUGUUUAAUCAUGGGAGGUAUCACUAUGAAUGUUUGGGUCGCUGCAAUAUUCUACCAGCCUGUAGAGAAGCACAUGAAACGCGUAAAGAAGACUAAAGAAGUUGAAGAAGAGCUUGUAGGUAAUGAUACAAUCAUGGAAGAAUCGGAAACCAAUGAUGAUCUGGAAGCCGGUCCGAAUAUUGAUAAAUCUGCAAUCAAGCCAAAGUUCAUGAUCACAGGCGACGAUACACCAGUUGCUACACCGACACUAGAGCACAAAUCUCCGGACAUCUUUCGUUUUAAUCCCAAGCACGGGCUUAUCGAUAGUUUUGCAAGAAGUGUAUCUGCUGCAGCAGUACCGGCUUCCUAUCAUAAGGAGGACCAUAGCCACAGACUUCGAAAGAUCAGUACUCCCAUAAAGGAAGAGCAUCGAAACCUUACUUAUACUACUCCUCUAAACGAAUCACAGGGAUCACAUUUCCGAUUAAAUAGACUGAACUCUAUGCGUAGUGGGCAUAGACCACCAAGACGAUCUCCAUCUACUAGCAGUUUCCAGUACAUUAGUACGCCUUACCAUGGAAGCACUCUGUCUGCACUUCAGCCUAAAGAAUUUGCCUCUCAUCUAUCGCUGAGAUCGAUUGCGGACAGUUUUAAACCCUCUAGACAAACGGGAGACAAAUCGGAAAAAUCUUCCGAUGGCCAAAAAUACUUCGAUCUUUCACUGCUUCGUGAUCCCUCGUAUCUUGUAAUACUCAUAUCCAAUUCAACCAACGCCAUUGGUUAUACUAAUUUCAUAAUCCUGCUACCCGCUUAUGCAAUCUCAUUGGGAUUCGACAAAAGUCUCGCAGCCUAUCUGUUGUCCAUUGUUUCGACGUUGGAUUUGGUCGGGCGAAUCGGAGGCUCUGCUCUUUCGGAUACCAAUCUCAUCCCGAAAGCAUGGUACUUUGUCGGAGGUCUUUCGAUUUCCGGACUGGCCUUGGCAGUUCUUCCGUUGGCAAGCUCGUAUACCAUGGUUAGCGUUUUUUGCGCCUUAUUCGGUCUGGCAUCUGGGACGUAUGUUGGCAUCACGGCAGUCAUUAUGGCAGACAUGUUGGGAACCGAACGGCUCACAUCUUCCUACGGCAUCAGCUUAUUCGUCAACGGAAUCCUGCAACUAAUUGGACCACCAAUUUGCGGUCUUAUCUUUGAACAUAUCGGUGAUUACCGACCACUAUUUACGGCGCUUGGGUUCAUUCUGCUGGUGGGUUCCUCCCUAUGGGGUUUUAUGCCUUUGAUUAGAAGGAAUAAGCUUCGCAAGCAACAAAAAGUCGACGCUCGAGAAGAAGCAGACAAAAGUCUUAUAGCUUAAGAAUGUACUAUGGUACUGAAAGGAUCAAUCUGGGAAUCAAAAUCAACUAUUUAACCCUUUUUCUAGAUAGACACAAACGAUGACUACUUAUCAAGAACACUGACAACAAUACACAUCUUCAUGAAGGUUUUUAAUCAUAUGUUAGUGCAACUUCCGCAUAUAGAUAAGUUUUAGUUCCUGGUCAUUGAUUCACAAAGAAAACAAUACAUACCCCUUCCCUAAGUCCUAAUCUAAUCAAAUCUAAUCUAAUCCAACGAACGCUGGCUAUUGUUGUCGAUUAUCUUGAUAAGCUGUCCUCGAUGCUGACACAAUGUACAGAAAACAAUCUACACAAGAUUUUAAUCUUCGAUUCUCUAACCGCGCGCGGAUCGAUGAUGAUCGUGAUAUGACAAUUCAAAGCAGAUUUCUUUCAUAUGAUAUGCAGGAAAGUAAAAAAAAAGUAUUUAAGUGCACGUAAGCUAGAAUUACUGAAACGGUUACAAACCCGUUCCCUUCGAUACAGCGUACUACACGAGGUACUAAUGUUAAGCUGCUAGGCGGAACAAAAAAUACGAGAGGAUAACAAUACGAGUAUUAUAUUUUUAGGUACUUUACAAAUUGCGUGGGCUGAAAUCUGAGCUGUGUGAAGUUUUUCUUUUUUUCGUAUGAAUGGUAAUAAUACUAACUGCAAACGGACACAAAUCAAUCUGCCACAACAUCGGUGAAGCUCCUAGUGGAGAGAAAACUAUGUUUGCGAUGUAUGUUAAAUGAAUCUGCAAGUACGUGACUGCAUGUCAGAAAUUACUUUUAUUUGUGUAAUGUUUGAACUCUAAUUUUAAUUCUUAGAAGUAAUGAUCACAAGGGGUAAAGCCAUUUCAAAUAUUUAUUCUACUUUUAAAGUAGCUCCACUGAUGGGUUUACUUCCGUUAAAGGAAAAUACAUUAAGAAUUUCGUAAUUAAAACAUUAUGUCACUUGAGAGGUAGGAUACAAGAUUUGGAAUGGAUAAUAGAAGCAAAAUAUAGCAAUUGUAAA